UAAUUGAACGCACAUUUGCUUCACGUUUGACACUUUCGCACUCGUUGAGUUGACCAUAGACAACGCAAACUCACACGUCGGACAACAAAUUGAAAUUCUCCCUCAUCCCGAGGCAGAUUUCGUCCCGUCAAGCGUGGCUAAUCAAGGCACCAAAAGGAAAAUGAGCAGCUCGGAGGAGGUAUCAUGGAUUUCAUGGUUCUGUGGUCUUCGAGGAAACGAAUUCUUUUGCGAGGUUGAUGAAGAUUAUAUAAAUGAUAAAUUCAACUUGACUGGACUCAAUGAACAAGUGCCUCACUAUAGACAGGCUUUGGAUAUGAUACUCGAUUUAGAACCUGAUGAUGACCUUGAUGAUAAUCCAAACCAAUCUGACUUAGUGGAGCAGGCUUCCGAAAUCCUCUAUGGAUUGAUACAUGCACGGUACAUUCUUACAAAUAGAGGAAUUGGUCAGAUGUUAGAAAAAUUUCAAGCUGGAGACUUUGGGCACUGUCCACGAGUUUACUGCGAAUGUCAACCCAUGCUGCCUAUUGGAUUGUCAGAUGUUCCCGGUGAAGCCAUGGUGAAGCUUUACUGCCCGCGCUGCAUGGACGUGUACACGCCCAAGUCUUCUCGGCAUCACCACACUGAUGGGGCUUUCUUUGGCACUGGCUUUCCUCACAUGGUGUUCAUGGUGCAUCCUGAGUACCGAGCCAAGCGCCCCGCCUCACAGUUUGUGCCCAGGUUGUACGGCUUCAAGAUCCACCCGCUCGCGUACCAGAUCCAACAGCAGGCGGCGGCCAACUUCAAAGCGCCGCUGCGGACUCUCUCGUACAACAACGCAGAGACGAAGACGACAAGUAACAUUCCAAAAUGAUCGUAAGCCCACUGAAGCAAGCCUCAGCACAGGGUGUGAAGGACUGUGGUGCUUGACUGUUGACAAACAAGCUUAACUCUCGUACAUAAUAUUUAUUUAUUAGUUACUUCCAAUGUUUCAAGGCGCCAGCUCCAAGCGAAUGUAUCACAACUGAAUCGAACUGGAAUAUCAGUUCGAUUCACUUAUAUUGAUUGAAUCCGGAAAUAUAAGUCAAGUCUGUUCGACUGCUCGGAUUUCUUUCCGGAUUGUUCGACACUUGCACUAACAGUAACAGAACGGAAAAUUCAGACUAUUCUAUUCGGAUGGGCCGUGACGUUAACAGACACUCCUUCGUAUUUAUAAUUAGUAUGGAUUUACUUAGUGCUAAGUGAGGCGCGGUGUCUAUACAUAGGUAACUACCGACCGAUGCGAGAUUGGUUCAGUAGCAAAGAAUAUAAUUAAAUAUUGUUUAGUAGUCAAUUCACUUCGCAAGCAGUAGGUAGGUAUAGUGUAGAUACAUUCCUUCCACUGUCGUUCUAAGCUGAUUCCUAGUUCCAUUGAACUAGGAAUCAGCUUAGCUAAUUAUUAGAACACUACUUUUAUUUACUUAUUAUUAAGCUGGUAGAAACAAAACUCUUUUCAGGAAAAACCAUAGCCGAUAAUACUAAUUUUGAAACCGUGAUCCACACGGUAUUCUGCCAUUCUGCCUGUGCAUUCUGUUAAGAAACUUUCAUUUACUUAUUUUUCAAAAGCGUGCCUUUGAUGUAACUAGUUUCACGUAAUCACUGAAUGAAACAGUCUUUCUUGAAUCAGUGAUGAGUUUCAAACGAGUCUAAAACCAGUUGUGACAUGUGCGGUUUCAUAAGAUAGAAUAGGUCUGUAUUGAAACUGAAAAGUAACUCUAGUUGCAGUUUCAUGACUUCGAAGUUGUCGUUAAUUCUAGGCAGGGUUGGAGAAAUAACAGGUUUUUUUAGAAAAAACAAAACCUUUUUUGUUACAAUGCCAACCCUGGUUCUAGGCUGUUGUCAAAAAAAGCUACUAAUCAUGUUACCUACAGCAUGAAGAUUUAUUAGUAGUAUUUCUGAAGUGAAUUUGGUUAUGCACUAGUAAGACUAUGCUGUGAUGCUCUCUCAUGGAGGUGGCACCUUGGAAUCCAAUCUAAUUAAACAUGUUUAAAUUUCAAUAAAGUUUAUUUUUAUGUUUUCUUUAUAAAA